UGUAACCAUUGCCCGAAAGAAGAUUCAUGAAAUGGGUAAGAAAUUUCCGGUGUUGGUGGAGGUAUGCAAGGAUAAAAAACACUGGGAAGUGUUCGGGAGGCAACAUGAUUUAGAAGAGGCCUUGCGAUAUCUUCAAAAAGAGGAAGUAGAAGUAGUAAAGCAAUCAGAAAAGGGGAAGCUUCCUGGUAAUCUGAGGAAUGACGGCGAAAGGGCAAAGGACUCCAAUCCAUCAGAGUUUGCUAGGGUCACCCGAAGUAAAGAUGAACUGGAAGCCUACACAGAGAGGGUCAAAGUUUCAGUCUCUCGAGGAGACCUUACCACCGAAAAGGUUGAUGCUAUUGUCAACGCCUCCAAUGAAUCUCUUCUACGUGAAGGGGGUCUCGCUAAAACCAUUCUUGACAAAGGUGGAAAAAUAAUUGGCCAAGAAUCGAACAAGAUUAUUAAGAAGCGUAAAUCUUUGAAGGAAGGUCAAGCAGUGUUAACUAAAUCUGGAAACCAGCCCCCUGGAGAGAUGCGAUAUCGUACUGAACGUUACAGUGUUCCAGGAUAUGAAGGUCACGGCACGAUAGUCAUUGAUUACCACUUUCGGUCAGGAAUUCAAGGAAAGGAACAUCCUCACCCCGGGCAGCGGUUUGGAGGCACGACUCGCCAGGCAUAUCUUCCCGACACGCGUGAAGGAAGAGAGGUGUUACAGCUUCUGAGGAGAGCCUUUGAUGCUCGCUUGGUGUUUACCAUUGGUUGGUCAACUACUACAGGCCUUCCAAAUCAAAUAACUUGGAAUGAUAUUCAUCACAAGACUAGCUUGAGUGGAGGAACGUUUGCGUUUGGAUAUCCAGACCCAGAUUACCUGAGGAGAGUCAAAGAGGAGUUGGCUGCCAAAGGAAUCCGCUGAUUAAAGCAUCGGAUUUGAUUGCUUAUUAUUGAACUGUGUUUAACGGAGUUGAUAUUAAACUCGAGACUUUAGGGAAUAAGUACACAAGUACCAAACAAAUGAACUUUUAUUGCCGUAUUCAGUGUAGUUAGUAAUGCAUCAACAGAUGAGCGGUUUGCAGACUUAGACCAAUGGUCAACAAGAACAAAAUUUUACCUGGAGUUAGCUGGAGUAAAAAAAGGUUUGAUGUUUAUGUAGAUGGUAAUGUAAUAAGAAUUUCUUAUGAGUGUCUUUUGUAAUAGUCAUUUUUAUCAAUCAGUCGAUCUAAAAUUGUAUAC